AUGCCUUAUAACACCAUCCGUAUAAAAACGGUCAAUUGCUACCAAUUCUGCUUACGUAAAUUUAAAUUGGUGAUAAAGUACUACUACCUACACUGUGAAGGACUAAUAGAAAACUUAAACAGUGUAAAUAGCUCACUAAAAAUUGUCACUGCUAAUAUCGCAAUUCCUUACCAAUCUAUUGUUAGUGUUUUAAUAAUAAUGAAUAGAAAAAAGACGGAAGAAAGGCAAAAUAACCCCAGGCAAACAGCAAAUAUAAUUUCCAAAUUAACUUUUUGGUAUACUUAUGACUUGUUUAAAAUAGGAUUUAAACGAGAGCUCGAAGAAAAAGAUUUGUACGAAGUGCUUCCUCAGUUUAACACGUCCGAACUCGGAGAUCAUGCAGAACGCAUGUGGAAUCAAUAUAAAGAACAUAAGAAUGCAAUGUUUUUAGUUUUGUGGAAAAUGUAUGGCAAAUAUUACUGCAUCCUCAGUAUGAACAUGCUUUUUACUAUCAUACUCAACGUUACCCGUCCCAUUAUCAUUGGAAAAUUAGUUUUCUUUUUCACUCCAGACCAACAAAGUUUAACUAAAAUGAAUGCUUUGUUCUACGCUAUAUUCUUGUUUGCACUUCAAAUAGUUGACGUGAUUUGUAGACAAAACUAUCUUUUCUUGAUAGAAAAUUUAACCAUCAAGAUUCGCACCGCGUUUUGUUCACUGAUUUACCGAAAAUUUCUUAAACUUCCCGUAAGUCGCUUACGUCACAUUACCUUUGGCAAUGUAACAAAUCUGAUAACAAGAGACAUCAGUGUAUUCGAACAAUUCUUCUUUAACUUCACUUACGCGUGGUCUGGGUUCAUAAUUGCGAUAAUUUCAUGUUGCAACAUGUUUCCAAGUAUUGGUUUACCAGCUGCCAUCGCAGUUCUUGCAUUUGCUGUAUUUAUUCCACUUCAGGUUGUUGUAGGAUUAUGGAUCUCUUCACUCAAGAGAGAAACAUCUAAAAAAACCGACAUAAGGCUCAAUGAAUUUAGAGACGUUUGUGCUAACAUUAGAAACACCAAAAUAUAUGCGUGGGAAGAUCAUGCGGAAAACAAAAUAUCUCUGGCAAGAAAGAACGAAAUGUCUAUUUUGUUUAAAAUUUUUAUUUUACUGUUUCUAUCUGUGACAACAGGGAUCAUACUUAACAACGUAACAUUUUAUAUUGUUGUAAUGGCUAACAUCUGGACGGGUCAAACCUUGACGGCGGAAAUUAUGUACUUUAUCAGUGGUAGUUUGCUAGCUGUCUAUCAUACAAUAUCAUUUACAAUUCCAUAUGCUACAUUUAGUUUAUCCCAAGUAAUUACUGCUAUUAAAAGAAUGCAAACUUUAGCUCACACAUUAGAAACGAAGGACGAAGAAACGUGUCACGCAUUUCAAACAAAGAAACCAAAGGUCGAAUUUUCAAAUGUGAAGCUUAUGAUCAAAGAUAAAACGGUUUUUAAAAAUGUUAUGCUUAAAGUAUAUACAGGAUUGACUCUAAUUACCGGACCUGCCGGUAGUGGCAAAAGUGUGCUACUGUUGACAAUUUUAAAAGAAUUUAAAGUAUCUGAAGGCAAAUUACUUGUUGAAGGCAAGUUAUCUUAUGCAUCACAAGAACCUUGGUUAUUUCCUGCCACCAUUAAACAAAACAUACUUUUCGGAAACAGCUAUAAUCAUAAACGCUACCAAGAGGUUUUACGCGUUUGUGAUUUACAAUAUGACAUAGAAUUACUAGAAAAUGGGGAUUCCACUAUUGUGGCGGAUGGUGGAAGCAAUUUGAGCAAAGGUCAGCGAAGCAGGGUUAACUUAGCCAGGGCUAUAUAUCAAGAUAGCGACAUUUAUUUAAUAGACGACACUUUGUCGAGUUUAGAUCCUUUAGUUGCUGACCACAUUUUUAAAAACUGCAUUUUAAAACUUUUGCAUGGCAAAAUAGUAUUUCUCGUGAGUCAUUAUUUGGAUUUAAGCCAAUAUGCUGCAACCAUUGUAAAUCUAGGCAAUGGAAAUCUGACCACUUGGAAAAACGAUUUGUCAGAUAAUGUACAAAAUAACGAUCCAAAAUUCAUUCCAAAUGUUUGUGCCAUUUUAAAAGAAUCUAACCCAAAAACUAAUUCUGCUGAUUCUGAAGAAAGCAAGUUAAUCGAAACGACAAAAACAAAUAAAAUUUAUGGAGAAUUAAAAAUAUCGGGUUCAGUUCCUCUGAAGAUUUACAUGAAAUAUGUAGGCAUGGGAGGAUAUUUUACAUUUUUUAUUAUAUUUUGUAUCUUCGUUUUAACUCAGUUAAUAGUAAGUUACAAAGAUAACUUAUUAAGCGACUGGGUAAAUUUGGAAGACAAAAUUUCACGAAUUAAUCACACGGUUGACAGCAUAUCUUAUUCAAUUCUUACAGAAGAUCGUAAUCAACUUUUGCAUACCUACGGUGCCGCAGUUGUCGGGCUAUCUGUCGCUACAUUAAUCAGAGGAUGUAUUUUGUUUUUAUUUUCAAGAAGGGUAUCAGUGACCCUACAUAAAAAAAUGCUGAACUGCGUUAUUAAUGCUUGUCUUAAUUUUUUUGACACUACGUUUUUAGGAAAUAUUGUGAAUAGAUUUUCAAAAGAUCUUGAUAGCGUUGAUGAAAGUAUUCCGUUUCCUCUACACCAUCUGCUAGCUAUUGUCUUUGAAACUGUUGGAAAUAUUCUACUUAUUUCCUCUACCAAUAUAAGAUUACUUUUACCCAUCGGCUUGCUUUUCGUGGGCCUGACACUUUUUAGAUGCGUUUAUAUUAAAACAGGAAGACCAUUAAAAAGAUUAGAUGCUUCAACCAAAAGUCCUGUUGUCGGAUAUCUAAACGCUACAUUAGAAGGACUGCCAACUAUUAAAGCUUUUAAUGCGCAAGAAAUUAUCAAGAAGGAAUUUGAGACACAUCACAACCUUUAUAAUUCAGCCUCCUAUUCGCAUGCUGCUUGCAUGAAAGCUUUUGCGUUCGUGGCAGAUAUCCUUGCAUCCAUUUUCGUCUUUAUGGUUAUUUUGCAAUUUAUAAUUUUUGGCAAAGAUGUGCUACCUGGCGAAGUCGGAUUAGCAAUUUCACAGUCAUUUGCAGUUUGUAUAGUGCUCUUCUUUGGAAUGCACAAGUGGGUUGAUUUAGAAACACAAAUGACAUCAGUGGAACGUGCUAUGGAAUAUACAGAUAUACAGAAAGAGUCUAAAUCAGGAUUAGAGAUCAAAAACUGGCCAACACUAGGUGAAAUUAAAUACGAAAAUGUUUACCUUGAUAUAGGUAAUUCUAAGUCAAGUGUACUAAAGAACUUAAAUUUUCAUAUUAAACCUAACGAGAAACUAGGAAUUGUGGGGCGCACGGGAGCUGGUAAAUCGUCAAUUAUCUCAGCACUCUUCCGUUUGUACGAAAUUAAAGGAAGAAUCAUUGUGGAUGGUAUUGAUAUUAAAACACUUUCAUUACAUUUUCUUAGAUCCAAAAUUUCUUUGAUUCCACAAGAUCCAUUCUUGCUCAGCGGAACACUGCGGUACAAUAUAGAUCCAAAUAAAAUACACAAGGACGAAGAAAUCUGGAAUGCUCUAAAGACUGUGAAAUUAGACACACUUAUUUCAAGUUUGGAUGCUAAUAUUAAAGAAUUUGAGUUUAGCUGCACUCAGAAACGAUUACUGUGUUUGGCAAGAGUGUUAAUAAAGAAAAAUAAAAUAUUAGCUGUCGACGAAAUAGUCGAACAUGUGGACAGUGAAACUGAAAAUUUAAUUUAUAACAUCAUAGAGAAACAAUUCAAAUUUUGCACCAUUAUUAAAAUAGCCCACAAAUUAAAAUUUGUUAUGGACUGCAACAAAGUGUUAGUUUUGGAUAACGGCAACGUUGUUGAAUAUGAUAAUCCUCAAAUUUUGUUGAAGAAUCAAAGUGGUUUGUUUUAUAAAAUGGCAAAACAAUCAGGAAUUUAUGGCAACACUUUACUUUAAAAAUAUUUACCUAUAUGCUAGUGGUUUG